UGUAGUGAGUGACAGACGGAGCCUCCGCCCAGAACCGCUCCAAGCAGGCGGACAACCUCCAGCUGGCCGCCGCAACCAGGGGCUGCAGGAAUGACCGACAUUAUACCCCUACAACCCGUGAGGCGACCGAAAAGACACGACAGUAAACACAGAAAUGGGUGCUGCCCGUGGUCGAGAUGCUGUGGCAUGGGUGACUUCCGUCCCCGCACCGUGUGGCUCGGCCACCCAGAAAAGAGGGAACAGAGGUACCCCAGGAAUGUCAUUAACAACCAGAAGUACAACUUCUUCACCUUCCUGCCUGGGGUGCUGUACAAUCAAUUCAAAUACUUCUUCAACUUGUACUUUCUGAUUUUGGCCUGCUCUCAGUUUUUCGAGGAGCUACGCUUAGGUGACCUCUACACCUACUGGGUCCCUUUGGGUCUUGUUUUAAUUAUAACCAUCAUAAGAGAGGCAGUUGAUGAAAUAAGAUGCUACCUUCGAGACAAAGAAGUGAACGCUCAGAUUUACAGCAAGCUUUCGACACGAGGCACUGUGAAGGUUAAAAGCAGCGGCAUUCAAGUUGGCGAUCUCAUAAUUGUGGAAAAGAACCAGCGUGUUCCUGCUGACAUGAUCUUUUUAAGGACCUCUGAAAGAAAUGGCUCCUGCUUCCUGCGGACUGACCAGCUGGAUGGAGAGACGGACUGGAAACUACGCCUCCCAGUGGCCUGCACACAGAGGCUGCCAACUGCUGCUGACCUUCUCCAGAUCAGAUCUUAUGUGUAUGCAGAAGAACCAAACAUUGACAUCCAUAACUUCAUUGGAACUUUCACUCGGGAAGAUGGAGACCCACCAGUUAACGAAAGUCUCAGCAUUGAGAACACCCUGUGGGCUAGCACUGUUGUUGCCUCUGGCACAGUGGUGGGGGUUGUGAUUUACACAGGCAAGGAGCUGCGCAGUGUCAUGAACACCUCCAACCCAAGGCACAAGGUGGGUUUGUUUGACCUGGAAGUAAACUGCCUGACUAAGAUCCUUUUUGCGGCUCUGUUGGUGGUGUCCUUCGUCAUGGUAGCCCUCCAGCACUUUGCUGGCCGUUGGUACCUCCAGAUGUUUCGCUUCCUCCUGCUCUUCUCUCACAUUGUUCCCAUUAGUUUGCGUGUCAAUCUGGAUAUGGGAAAGAUGGUGUUCAGUUGGAUGAUUAAGAAAGACUCCAAGAUCCCUGGAACGGUUGUGAGGGCGAGCACCAUACCUGAACAGCUGGGGCGCAUCUCGUACCUGCUCACUGACAAGACAGGGACUCUCACCCAGAAUGAAAUGGUGUUCCGGCGGCUCCAUCUUGGAACUGUAGCGUAUGGGAUGGACUCUAUGGAUGAAGUACAGAGCCAUGUGUUCAGUGCCUACACUCAGCCUACCCAUGACCUUCCAGCCUCCAGAGCUCCAGCAGCCACUAAGGUUCGUAAGACCAUCAGCAGUAGAGUCCACGAGGCUGUGAAGGCCAUCGCCUUGGUGCACAACGUGACGCCCGUAUACGAGUCCAAUGGUGUGACUGACCAGGCCGAGGCCGAGCAGCACUAUGAAGACACAUGUAGAGUCUACCAGGCGUCCAGCCCCGAUGAGGUGUCGCUGGUGCAGUGGACUGAGAGCGUUGGACUGACUCUAGUGGGAAGGGACCAGUCCUCCAUGCAGCUGCGGACCCCUACAGGCCAAAUUCUGAACUUCACCAUCCUUCAGAUAUUUCCUUUCACCUACGAGAGCAAAAGGAUGGGCAUUAUAGUGCGAGAUGAAUCGACUGGAGAGAUAACCUUCUACAUGAAGGGUGCUGACAUUGUGAUGGCAGGCAUCGUCCAGUACAAUGACUGGCUGGAAGAGGAGUGUGGAAACAUGGCGAGGGAAGGUCUGAGGGUCCUUGUUGUCUCCAAGAAGUCUCUGACAGAGGAACAGUAUCAAGACUUUGAGGCACGCUACGUCCAGGCCAAGCUCAGCGUCCACGACCGCUCUCUGAAGGUGGCCACGGUGAUUGAGAGUCUGGAGAUGGAGAUGGAGUUGUUGUGUCUGACUGGAGUGGAGGAUCAGCUCCAGACCGAUGUCAGGCCCACCCUGGAGAUCCUCCGCAACGCAGGCAUCAAGGUUUGGAUGCUGACAGGAGACAAGCUUGAAACUGCCACAUGCACUGCUAAGAACGCCCAUCUGAUCACCCGCAACCAGGACAUCCAUAUCUUCAGACCAGUGACAACACGAGGUGAAGCCCACCUGGAGCUCAACGCUUUCAGAAGAAAACAUGACUGCGCUCUGGUGAUAUCGGGGGACUCGCUUGAGGUCUGUUUGAAAUAUUACGAAUAUGAGUUCAUGGAGCUCGCGUGCCAGUGUCCCGCUGUGGUUUGCUGCCGCUGUACCCCCACCCAGAAGGCUCAGAUAGUCAGGCUGUUGCAAGAGCGCACAGGGAAACUCACCUGUGCUGUAGGGGAUGGAGGAAACGAUGUCAGCAUGAUCCAGGAAGCCGACUGUGGCGUGGGAGUGGAGGGAAAAGAAGGGAAGCAGGCCUCUUUGGCCGCCGACUUCUCUGUGACUCAGUUCAAACAUUUAGGCCGUCUCCUCAUGGUCCACGGGCGGAACAGCUACAAAAGGUCCGCAGCCCUCAGCCAGUUCGUCAUCCACAGGAGCCUCUGCAUCAGCACCAUGCAGGCGGUUUUCUCUUCUGUUUUCUACUUCGCUUCUGUCCCACUCUACCAAGGAUUCCUGAUUGUUGGCUACUCCACUGUGUACACCAUGUUCCCCGUCUUCUCUCUGGUGUUGGACAAAGAUGUGAAGUCUGAGGUCGCCAUGCUUUACCCAGAAUUAUACAAAGACCUUUUGAAGGGGCGGCCACUAUCUUUCAAGACGUUUCUAAUAUGGGUCUUAAUCAGUAUUUAUCAAGGGGGCAGCAUCAUGUACGGAGCGCUGCUGCUCUUUGAGUCAGAGUUCGUCCACAUCGUUGCCAUUUCCUUCACCUCUCUGAUCCUGACCGAGCUGCUGAUGGUGGCCCUGACCAUCCAGACGUGGCACUGGCUCAUGAUAGUUGCCGAGCUCCUGAGUUUUGCAUGUUACGGCGCCUCGAUGGCCUUCCUGCCCGAGUUCAUAGACAUAUACUUCAUCACCACAGUAUCGUUCCUGUGGAAGGUGACUGUCAUCACUCUGGUGAGCUGUCUGCCCCUGUACAUCCUCAAGUACCUGCGCAGACGCUUCUCUCCGCCCAGUUACUCCAAGCUGACCUCUUAGACACGAAUGAGAGGAGCCUCCAGCCUUGUUUGCUGAUCUAAAAGAAGUCCCUGUCUUCAUCCUGCACAGCCUGCGCCCAGACCAGAGAGUCAAACAUGGCUUCAGCGCCUUUAAUUUGUUCUGAUGAGCUCGGUGAAAAGAAACACAUUUGUCAGGGACAGAUUGAUUACUGAGACCGAGAGUUAUUGUCGGUUUAAAAAACAUUGUGUGUUUGAUGCAAGGACUAAUGGAUGAUUUAUGGGUGUGGGGGGGGGGCCUACAGUAAACAGUGGGUUGUGUUCUUUUGACCAGAUUCAACAAGUGUUUUUGAAGACGUAUUGUCUGAUCUUAAAAAUAUUCAGAACAAAGAUGCAGCUGUUCAGCCUAAACGAAAUCACACAACCGGUUCGGCCAAUCAUUCAGUUCACUUUGUAAUACACAGAACACAUGGGGAAGGAAACCUAAUUUCCCUCUCAUUUCCACUACUUACAUAGUAAAGCUGCUGUUACUGUGAGAACCUGAAGUUCACGUUGUAGCAUUUUCACCUGAUUCACAUUCUCCUCAGGCAGCGACGUCUAAAAGGAGUAUGUGAAUUAUAUGGUUAAGAAAAAGUUUACUGGCUAGACUUUGCAUAAAACACACGUCUGCAAGUUUGUGUAUUUGUUUAUGCGUCACCCCGAAGCUGCAGCCCCGACACAGCGGAGGUGGUGUGGUGGUUUAUUUUAGCAUGACCCGUGGCGUCUGAUGUUAAAUCUGUCCUUGUCUCUUUGUACGGACCUUGACUUGUUGGUGUUUGUGGAGCGCGGUCACAGCGGCCACGAAGCAGCGACGGUUAUUUGAAGCCGAACCUUCCGCCGUGGCUCCUGACAGGCCCCAUGCCCGCGGGGGAAUGCACGGCCUCUAAUGUGGCCCGUCCGGGCAGGGCACCGCCGGCCACGCUUCAGCAUUGCAUGAUGACUCACUGUAACGGUGACCUAAAGCCAUAACUGAAAAUACCCCGGUGAACGGUGUCCAACUGCCCCCCUCCCACCACCCCUCUGUCCAUGUCUCCUGAUUCCGGGGCACCCUCACUUCUCACUGCUACUAACUUGUACAGUUCAGCUGGAAUUAAAAAAAAAAAAGGAUCAAAUUGCCACAGCUCAAUGUGAAUAUUGUCAAUAGGUAUUAUUAAUGCACAACUAAAAAAAAAAAAAAAAAAACUUAAUUUCACUGGUGGUGUGAUUAUGGACUGCAAUUAAUUCUCUAACAAUACUAUGAUUUUAUUUCAAUCAGAAAGGGUGACUUUGAAUUUACUGUGUCAAACAGAGUGAGCAGGGUGCCAUAACCAAUCAUUUAUUUAAUAUCCUAAACAAACGUUUUAAUGAGUACUGAAUUCAGCAAGCUGUUUGCACACAAUUUUGUUUUGUACAACUGUUAAGUAUAUUUUUAUGUUGGUCUAGAAGUGCAAAGAGUAAAUUAUGCAGUAAUGAUUUGCUUGCUUGUAAAUAACUUGUUUUCUUAUUUAUUAACUUGUUUUAUUUAAUGAUGUCGAUUGCACUCAAAGGGCAGAACAAAAAGGGAGAGUAGUUGUGCUGCUGUCAUUGUUGUGAUGAUGGUGAUUAAUAAAUCUCACAUUUUCUUUUCA